UAGCGAAAGCGUGGUGUAGAAACCAGCAAGCAUCGCGCACACAGUGUGUCUAGAUGCUGUCUAGCCGUCAUUGACAUUUCACGUGACAGUGAUGACUUUUGAUGAAUUAAAGUCAAAGUGAAUUUCCUUUUUAUAUACUGUACUGAAGGUGGUAAUGCGGCAGGACCUGUAAUUUUCGAAGAAUUCGUGUCACUACCGUCUACCUGUUCGAGGGACUAUGGCGUACGGAAGGAGUAAUGUUUCAAGAAACCGGAACAGUUGGGGACCCAUGUCGGUACCGUCAGGUUUCCAUCGGCUGGAACCGGACGAGGAAUUCGCCGAAGAAUAUACCGAGAGGAUGAUGAGUGCCCAGAUGCGACAACUCGAUCCACUAAAAGAAGAUUUAGCCGACUGGAUAAACAAAACACUGGAUAUCGAUUAUGUGAACAGGAAUAAUUUUCUCAGCGAGCUAGACAAUGGAGUUCUCUUGUGCCAUCUGGCCCAGGUGAUUUGCGAUAAAGCCAAGUAUGCUAUCGAUACGGGUCAUGCUAAAGGUCCUGUUCCGACUGUCAGGGGAAAAUGUUUUGAGAAAGCGAUGCGUCGAAGUUUUUUCUCGAGGGACAACAUGGAAAAUUUUAUUAAGUUUUGUAGAUCUUUAGGGGUUCACGAGAAUUUGUUGUUCGAGAGCGACGACUUAGUCCUCCACAACCAACCCCGCAACGUGAUCUUGUGCCUCCUCGAAGUAGCUCGUCUUGCCACUCGUUACGGCGUCGAACCGCCGGGCCUAAUCCAACUCGAAAAAGAAAUCGCGGAAGAAGAACAAAACAAUUCCACCGAUUCAGCGCUCAGUUCUCUCCUUUCGUGGCAGUUCCAAGCCUCACCCCCUCGAAUGGAUCCGUCCGAUCUCAAAAUGCGACAUAGUAGUUCAGCGAAUGCCAUAUCUUCCAUCGCGUACGACAGAUGGAAUACGGGACCCCACGUGGUCCUCGUACCUGAACGGCCUAAAACCGAAAAAUUGGGCAUCAACACCGGCGUUUCACCGAGCGGUGCCAGCGACGGCGUUCCGAGUGAUAACACAGAAGAUGAAUGGUCCAGAGGCAGCGGAGAAGAUCCCGACUCGGAAAUAGACACGGGAAUGAGGGGUGGAGCGGGAGACGCUACUACGGAAUUAGACAGGAAAGUACAACUCGCGGCUAGACUGAUGCAGAGGAAUUGCAACUGUGCAAACGGGAAAUGUUCUAGAUUGAAUGUUAAGAAAGUGGGCGAAGGCAAAUAUAAUAUCGCCGGAAAGAACGUAUUUAUAAGGCUGUUAAAGGGUCGUCAUAUGAUGGUGCGAGUGGGAGGAGGAUGGGACACAUUAGAUCACUUCCUCCUACGUCAUGAUCCAUGCCAGGUGAAAAUUGUAUCCAGAGAUAGUCCGGAUCGGCCAGCUAGUGCUUCCAAAUUUUUACACAUUCGCGCUAAAUAUCGUAGCCCACCACCACGCGAAUCAGUUAUACGUUAAAUACACAUACUGUGCACUAAUAAACUCGUUUUUUAGUGAAUAUUUGCUACCAUUUUUACACCGAAAAGUUCAAAUGUUUAUUUUGUUUCGUUAAGUUUGUAGUGUAAUUAUGUAGUACACUUAUAGUAGUAGGAAUACUAAUUUCAAGUUUUUUACAGUAAUGUAUUUUAUUUCAUUUUUUGUAUAUAUUUUUCUACUAUUAAAACACUACUGACUUA